AUGACUCAUCAUGGGAUUUUGAAACGAACUGGGGAGAAUAGUAAGGUCAGGGUGGUAUUUAAUCCUACGGAACGAGACGCUCAAGGAUAUUCUUUAAAUGAUUACUUAUUAGCGGGUCCCAAAUUACAACAGGACAUAUCAGUAAUUAUAACGAGAUUUAGGCUUAGACCGAUAGCUUUGGCUUGCGAUAUUUGUCAGAUGUUUAGAUGCAUUUUGGUACACCCCGAAGACCGUAAAUAUUUCCAUAUGUUUUGGCGAUCUAGUCCCAAUGAACCUAUAAGGGAGUGGGAGCAUACCAGAGUUAUUUUCGGAGCAACCUCAUCACCAUUUUUAGCAAAUCGUACCAUUAAACAACUUACCUACGAUGAAGGUAAAAAUUAUCCUAAAGCAACGUUAGCUUUGACGCAGCAAACAUUUGUUGAUGACAUUUUAACAGGAGCUUUUAACAAAUCCGAAGCCUUCGAAAUUAAGCGGCAGCUUAUAGGUUUAUUAAAGGCAGGAGGCUUUGAAUUGGGAAAAUGGGCAUCUUCUGACGUAGAUGUCACUCAACCGCUACAAGACUCUGUAGAACUCCCUAUGGGAAUCAUACAAUCUGCUGUUAAGGUGUUAGGAAUUUACUGGGAUACAACGAGCGAUGUAUUUCAAUAUAAGGUACAUGAGGUUAACGAGCCUGCAACGAAACGAGGCAUAUUGUCAAGGGUUGCACGAACUUAUGAUAUUAAUGGUUAUCUAAGUCCCUUUACGUUUUUACUUAAAUGUUUGGUUCAGGCGUUAUGGUUGCAAAAAAUAGGGUGGGAUGAGCCUUUACCAACCGAUAUUUUAGAAAAGUGGUUGCUAGUUAAAGCACAAUUACCUUUGAUAGACAGUAUAACCAUACCUAGAUGUAUAUACAAAACGGAAGUAUCUUGUGCUAGAACAUUUGAACAGACUCGCGAACACUCGAGAACACUCGGGUUUACCAUACAAGCAAAUCGAAUCGCGUUUCAGUUUAGUUCCAACUCCGAGCAACCCCUGAAAUUAAUGCAAGAAAUGAAAGUCGGUCAAGCUGAAAUAAACGUCGUGGCAACCAAAGUAGAAGCCGCGGAAAGUAAAAUCGAAGCGGGUCAAGAAGAAGAAAGACGUAUGAUACAAGAUGAGAUACAGAGUGUCCAAGAGAAGAUUCGUAUGGUAGAAAAUGAAAUGAAAGCCAAAUACGAUGAACUACGAUGA